AUGACUGCUGAAAACGCUCCUUCGGGGCCCUCUGGGGGGCUCCAAGUCCUGGGGAGAGCUCCGAACAGCCUGGGCCUUUUGGAUGUGUCUCCUGUCGAUUGCUGCAUUUACUAUGGCUCCAACUUCUUCACCCAGCUCAAAGAAAAGCCAGAGGCCCCAGGGGAAGCUUCAAAGUGGCCCCAGGAAUCGCCAGGGGAACCCUAUAAGGGAGCAGGGGGGCCCUCUGGGGCCCCAUCGCAGCACAGAGUGAACAAGGCGAGCCGACUAGGGGCCCCCAUGGCAGAUAUGCUGCUGCUGGUGCCCCAGAAUCAGCUGCUGCAGUGGCACAGGGAGAAUCUUGAGAAAAGAGUUGAUCACUAUGCCCCAUUUUUCAAGUAUCUUUCACGUUUUGGGGGCCCAGAGGCUGCUGCUGACUUUGCUGUGCGCCUCACAAAUGCCUCGGGAGUUCCCGUGUUGUUCAACUGCAGAGUCCCGCUGGAUCCUAACGGCACUGAGCUGUGCAAGUAUGGCGUACUGCCUACGGAGGCCUUCAUUGAGGAUUUGAAAUUCUGGGUCCACUUCUACUUUGCUGGCCGCAUGCAGAAACCAGUGCACUUGUGCUGGAAUGGUACCGCCAAAGGGCAAGCAGAAGUGGAAGAGGCCCUCCACCUUAACAGGCUCAACGCGCUUCGCCUCGCCUUGCUGCUGCUGCCUGAAAAAGUGACCCUCGAUUGUCUUUUGGCCGAAAUCGUUUCUCUGUCUUAUAUAGGCGACUUUAGAGUACUCGUCGCGGAGGACCCCAACAAAGUGCAGGCCAUUGUGAGAGGCCAGGCGAAGGAGCUUUGUGCCAUUUAUCUCCCACUGCUUUUACAGAUUCCCUCAGUGCAUGUUGACCAGGAUGGCCCUCACGGCUUGGCCCAGAGGCCCUUCACUGGAUUUCAAAGUCACACACAACCGCCGGGAGCAAGAGCCCCCAAGGACACAGAAAAUGGAAGUGCUGAGGAGGGAGCCGCACUCAGCAGCAUCCUUAUUAGACAAGACAGGUCCCCUGCUGCUCUCGCAGCGCUCUACAGCCCGCUGCCCCUCUCUUUUCGCCGAAGAGCCGAAGCUUGUGAGUCCAAAAAGUAA